AUGCUCCCCACCCCGUCGACCUCGCACGUCUCGUACGACCUCGUCUACGAACCCGCCGAGGACUCGUAUCUGUUUCUCGACACGCUGUCCUCGCCCGCCGAGACGGCGUGGCUGCGUUCGCGGUUCUCUUUGCCUUCUCCACGACCUUCCCCUUUACCUUUACCGGUAGCAGGACAACAAACGCCCACACCGACGUCAUUGCCAAAGUCGACGCCCCUCAUCGUCGAAAUCGGUCCGGGAUCCGGCGUCGUCAUCGCAUUCCUGGUCGCCAACGCAAAAACCAUUUUCGGACGCGACGUGCUGAGUCUCGCCGUCGACGUCAACCCGUAUGCGUGCCGCGGGACGAGGACGACGGUGGAGAAGGCGCUCGCCGAAAAAGGGGCGGAGAGGCGAGUGGCAGAGGAGAAGGAGCGGGGUGGAAAGGCGGUGGUGCUCUCAGAAGAUUCAGGCGGGGAUGGCGCAGAGAAUGAUCAGGGCGUUUCUGAUGAUAAAGGUGGAAGGGACGAGGGUGGGAGUAUCUACCUCUCGUCAGUGAACGGCGACCUCGCCACACCGCUCCGCCCGGGUGAAGUUGACGUCCUGGUAUUCAACCCGCCCUACGUGCCUACCGACUCGGUCCCUGCCACUCCAACCACUACCAAAGAACCAGAACCAAACUCAAACCCAACCUUCGAGGAACAAUCCGCGCUCCUCGCCCUCUCCUACGCCGGAGGGCCCGACGGCAUGCAAGUCACAAGUCGCCUCCUCGCCCAGAUCCCCGAGGUGCUCAGCCCCCGUGGCAUCGCGUAUGUGCUCUUCUGUCGCGGAAACAGGCCUGACGAGGUCAAGCGGUGGAUUCGUGCGUGGGAGCCUUCGAUACUACCAUCACCACCACCACGGUCACAGCCAGAAACAGCUGGCAAGGCAGAGCAAUGGCAAGGGCACUGGCGCGCCGAGACGGUCGGCACGAGCGGCAAGACGGCCGGGUGGGAAAAGUUGGAGAUUGUGAGGAUAUGGAGAGAGUGGGAGCGAGAGGGAUGCGAAUGA